CUGCAGUCCAAACCGCGUCUGGCGCGCGGGACCGUUAUUUCUCUUUCCUCGAGCUCAUUGAUUAACGUCACAAUGGCGCCGCUGUCCAUCCAGUCAGGAGUGAACUACGCCAAAACUCUGCUGCCGGACACUUUAGUGAGGUCCGUAUCAACAGUCCAGACCACCAUCUCUCGUCACAUCUUGCCCGCGGCUCAGCCUCGCCGUUUUAUGAUCUGCGCCCAUAGCAGCCGGAGGCGGCGGCGGGGUGUGGAGGCGUCCUCUCUGGACGAGCUGCUGGAGCAGGCGGUGAGGGUGUUCAUGUUGACCUGCACCCUCCUGACUCUGGUCCUGGAGGAGGACGGGACUGUGGUGGACUCGGAGGACUUCUUCCAGUCUCUGCCCAACAACACGCCGCUGAUGGUGCUGGAGAACGGAGAGAGGUGGACGCCGAACAAGGUGAGCAUCAAGUCACGAAAACGCA